UGCACGUACAGCAUUCAUUCAGUGCUGCCAGUUGUUUAAUCAAAAAGCUCAUCAUAAAGAAAUAUCGAGCAAGAAAUUGAUUAAUUUUCAUAUUAAAGUGACUUAAAAAUAAAAGAAUAAAUAAAGCAUGUCACGUAGCGCCCGUCCCCUCAUCUCCGCCCGAGUGCUGCACAAGAUAAAAGCGCUGACCACGCCCGCCAGCGAGGAUGCUAGCUGUGUGGUCAACCGCAAUCCUCGAAACCUGGAAAGAUUACGUAUAGCCUACAAGCCCAGCGGCUAUCACCUGGAGAAGCCUGGGCGUUCCUUCUGGCAUACACUGGAGAUCAAUAUCAGCGGACGCUAUGUGAGCGCAGAUGUGAAGCAUUUCGAGAACGGCACCAUUCUUAGUGCCAGCACCUCGGAGUGGGCCAUCAAACAGCAAUUGUAUAAAACAAACGACACCUCUGCAUUUGUCAAUCUGGGACGAGUGCUAGCCCAAAGAUGCCUCCAAGCUGGCAUCACAGAAAUGACCUGCAACGUUGAAGCAGUUGCUGGCAGCAAACUGGAAAAGUUACUGCAAACUGUGCAGGCGAACGGCGUCAGCUUCGAGGAGCCAAGCAGACUGCCAAACACCCAACCCUGGGAUGCCUACAGGCACGAGAAGCCAUGGCAGGUAUCCGAACAAUCCGAAUCAAUGACAAAUAAAUAAAAGAGAAAUAAUUUUGUUUUGGGAUUCGUGCCGUUUACAAUAAACGUUGUUUUUUAAGAGCC